AUUUAAACUCAGAGAACACUCUCAGUAUGCUGUGAUAGCUGCUGUCAUUUCUCACUGACACAAGGAAGUCUUAGGAGUCUUUGACUAGAAAAGUCUUACAGUAACAUGGAGGAUUUUGAAUAUAAAGAAUAUGGAGAAGAUUAUACUGCUGACAAUGGAACAUAUGAAAACAUCUCUGUGAGUGGCUCAGUGACUUUCAACCGUCCCAGGUCCUUUUCGGUGGAAACUGUGAUGGUAAUCAAUAUCCUUAUAUCACUACUGGGUCUCAGUGGAAAUGCUAUAGUAAUUUGGAUUUCUGGCUUCAAGAUGAGGACAACGGUCAACACCACUUGGUACCUCAGUCUGGCCAUCUCAGACUUCCUGUUCUGUGUCUGUCUGCCCUUUAACAUUGUUUACAUGGCCACCUCACACUGGCCCUUUGGGCUGGUCAUGUGUAAGCUGACCUCCUCCACUAUGUUCCUCAACAUGUUCAGCAGCGUCUUCCUGCUUGUUCUGAUCGGUGUUGACCGCUGUGUGUCAAUCACUUUUCCUGUCUGGGCACAGAACAACCGGACAGUGCCCAGAGCAUCCGGAGUGGUCGUCCUCGUGUGGGCCCUCUCUGCUGCCCUGACUGUACCCUCACUGGUCCACCGUCAGAUCAAAACACACGGGGCUGAUACACUGUGCUACACUGAUUACCAGACUGGUCACAAGGCAGUGGCUCUGAGUCGAUUUGUCUGUGGCUUUGUGAUUCCUCUUUUGAUUAUAGUCUUAUGCUACUCAGUAAUCUUUGUGCAGCUCAGGAGUCGCCCCAUGAAAUCCACUAAACCUGUCAAGAUAAUGACUGUCCUCAUCGUGUCCUUCUUCGUUUGCUGGGUGCCCUAUCACACCUUUGUCCUGUUGGAGUUGAACUUGGGGAACCACAGCCUUGAUAUGCUCGACACUGGGCUGAAGGUGGGCGGCACAAUGGCUGCAGCAAACAGUUUCCUUAACCCCAUACUGUAUGUGUUCAUGGGUCAUGACUUUCGGCAAACCCUAAAGAGGUCUGUUCUGUGGAAGAUAGAGAAUGCAAUGGCAGAAGAUGGACGUACAGGUGGACGUAACCUCUCAAAGUCUGGGUCUUUUGAGAGUAAAGCAUUAACACACGUCUGAGGUUUAAGAUUGUGUCAUUUUAUUGAGGUUGUUUGUAAGUUUGUAAUGAUGGUACCUUUUUGUACUGCUUCUAUCGAUGUAAUAUGAUUUGUAAUGUAUUCAUUCAAGGUGUUACUGUGUACAUAUGAGUUUUAAUGAAUAUCAAAAGGCAUGUCUGAUUAACAUGUCUGUUGGAAAUCUAUUAUGUUAGUUCUAUAAAAUUAUUUGUCACAGGUAUGGCCACUCAUGUUUUCUUAAAGUAUCUACUGAUAACGCAACAUGUCAAGUCUUGAUCCCAUGUUUCAUGAGCUGAAAUAAAUGAUCCCCAAAAGA